AUGACUAAAAGAUCUUAUCCUUUCGCAGAAUCUUUCUCAUCGCAGUAUAAAAUUCACAUUGGACAAAAGGAGUUGAAUAAUCACGGCGUAUUUGGGAACAAGUACAGACAAGAAAUGUACGGUAAGGUUUGCUGUCUGAAAUAACUGUCUGGCUAACCAAUUCUUCAGGUCAUUCGCUAACGUUAGCUAGCUGGCCCUACUCCGUUUGCUGUUGUUUAGCUAGCUGUACAAACUAGCUAGCUAAUGUUAGCUAGCUAGGUUACAACAACUAACUAGCUACACAAUGUUAAUGUCCUUUUAUUACUUGAUAAUUUAGUUAGCUGGCUAUAUCCACCCACGAUCGGCAGCUUGUUUUUGCCUUUGACUAUUUCCAGGUAGCCACUAAUGUUACUGUACUGAACAAAAAUAAACUAAACAUGCAACAAUUUCAAAAAAUAAUUCUGAGUUACAGUUCAUAUAAGGAAAUCGGUCAAUUGAAAUGAAUUAGUUUGGCCCUAAUCUAUGGAUUUCACAUAACUGGGCAGGGGUGGUUGUAAGGCCAGUUGGACAUACUGCCAAAUUCUCUAAAACGAAGUUGGAGGCAGCUUAUGGUAGAGAAAUGAACAUUAAAUUAUCUGGCAACAGCUCUGGUGGACAUCCCUGUGGCAUUGUGUUGUGACAAAACUGCACAUUUUAGUGGCCUUCUAUUGGCCCCAGAGCUGGUGCACCUGUGUAAUGAUCACGCUGUUUAAUCAGCUUCUUGAUAUGCCACACCUGUCAGGUGGAUGGAUUAUCUUGACAAAGGAUAACAUGCUCACUAACAGGGAUGUAAACACAUUUGUGCACAACAUGAGAGAAAUAAGCUUUUUGUGUGUAUGGAAAAUGUCUGGGAUCUUUUAUUUCAGCUCAUGAAACAUGGGACCAGUACUUUACAUGUUGCGUUUAUAUUUUUGUUCAGUGUAGAUGUCUAGCUAGCUAAAAGUCUAACUUUAUUAACAGACAAAUAACAGGUAUGGAUCAUUACUCUAGCUAAGUGAAUCAAAUCAAAUGUUAUUUGCCACAUGCGCCGAAUACAACAGGUGUAGACAUUACAGUGAAAUGCUUACUUACAGCCCUUAACCAACCAUGCUGAAAAAAAGUGUUGAAAAAAAGAGCAGAAGUAAAAUAAAAUAACAGUAGGGAGGCUAUAUACAGUGGGGUACCGGUGCAGAUUACAAGAUCAUGAACAAAAAGCAUGGAUACUAUUUACCAGUUGUGUUGUAUUCAGUAGCCCAACUGAUUAGGACUAGAGUGCCAAAUAAUACACCCAAUCCUGUGCCUAUGCCACCUGCAUACACUCACACGAUACCAACACAAUCACAGCCUAACAGAUGCACCAGCACGCCACACACACAGCACGCCACCAGCACGCCACUCACACAGCACCCCACCAGCACACCACACACACUCACACAGCACCCCCACCUGCACGCCACACUCACAGUACUCACACACAGCACCCCCACCAGCACGCCUCACACACAGCACCCCCACACACAGCCUAACACAGACUCACACUUCUCACCAAGUCUGUACUGUAACACAGAAGGAUACACUAGUCGAAUAACAUAGCUUACUUCUAAGUUAGGUCUACACCCGAGUUGGGUUACAUUGUAAUGUUAUUUCUGGUGUUACUCAUGUGAUGGGAGGAUAAACUGCACUUUUCCCAGCACCUUCCGGAGACACUUGAAACCCCACCUGUUUAAGGAAUACCUGGGAUAGGAUAAAGUAAUCCUUCAACCCCCCCCUCCCCCCCUUACCCCACCCAAAAAAUAAAUAAACAUAUUGUAAAGUGGUUAUCCCACUGGCUAUAAGGUGAAUGCACCAAUUUGUAAGUCGCUCUGGAUAAGAGCGUCUGCUAAAUGACGUAAAUGUAAAUAAUUAGCCUAGUCUCAGGAGCAGGUGAGCUGCCUGAUAGCCAGCUGCACGGCAAGAUAGAUGGGACACAUUUUCAGUUCACUGGUAUUUAUCUAUGCUUUUUUAGUUUGUAGCGCUGUAGCCACUGAAUUCUGGUACUUUUCACUUUAUAUAAUAAAACCAUCAAUCACACAAUACGCCGCUGGCACAAUAAAGCCAAUGCAGCGCAGCGCUGCCUAUUGCCACAGUUUCCCACACAGCUAGCAAGCUAGCACUCGUCAUGGAAAUGGGGAUGUCGGAACGUGAAUUUGGACCAAUCCCUGACAACCCAAAAUGUAGCUACGAAACUCUACUUUGUAACCUGAUGUUUUUUUCGUGUCUAAUAGAAUUCUCGCAUAGCGUCCAUUGUUUGUCUCAUCACCUAACACCCUAAUUAUGGUGUUUAACUGUCACCUAGUCAAAGACCGUAAUGUCAAGCUUCUGGGAAUAUUAAGAUGUCAGCAUGCUUCAGUUCAGCUGGCGUAGAGCUCGGCUAGGCGAACCGAACGAGUGUGCUCGCAUACUCCCUUAAAAGACCGUCACUUGAAAAAUUAGAAAGCGGCAAUAGUACUGUAUGUCCAUUUUGAGACGCCGUAGGCAAAAUAGUCAGAAUUAAUAUAAAAUAAAUCAAGAAAUCUGUCAAUUUUGACGUUUUUGCAGAGAAUAUCUUAGUCGCGCAAUUUUGCAUCUGACUAGGUUGUUUGGUGCAGUAUUUCUCAAGUGAAAAAAUGUGCAUGAGGACGAGUCGUCUCUCGUUGAAUGACAACGGGCACUUUUUGAAGAAUCCCUACUGUUGACCAAUCGCCGACUAUGGGGGGCGUAAACUUCGCCUACCGACUUCGGUUUGCCUAGAUUAAAACGUGUGCCCGACCACCCGGAAAAAAAACAUGGCUAAAGUCCAACAUGUCAUCAUAAUAUAUGCUCAAACUGUUCCAAACUGUUUCAGCUGGGAAACAUGGGGACGCCUUUACUGUCUUCAAUCUGCUAUGUGCUUAUCUCUGCCUCUCUCUUCCAGAAAAGACAAAGAACCUGCUCUUCAAUAGUACCAAAGCUGUCAUGGGGAAAAUCUGGAAUGUAGAUACAGAGGAGAAGUGCUCAACGAUACAGCCUUCGGGGCCAGGUGUGACACCUAAUGUGAGCCAGACACUGAUUGGACAGGAUGGCAGACUUACACCUGUCCAAGGUAAUAAGCUUCUCAGGUGAAUUGCAACCUUUACCCACAUCUGAGAAUGAACUGAAGGGAAACCAUUCCUGUCAGAAUUGGAAUCACCAUUCCAACUUCAAAAAUAAAAUGAUUAGACUCUUUAGUACAGGGGUGUCAAACUCAUUUCAUGGAGGGCAGAAUGUCUGCUGGUUUCAGUGGCGGCCCGCCCAUUUGUGCGUUAGGGGCGGUGCCUCACUUGUGAUUGGUUUAAAAAAAAAAAUGGGAGCAUGGGCCCAGAUAAACCGGACAACUACAUCCAACAAGAGUUGAAGGACAGAGGGAUACACUUGCUAGAACCAUCUCAUCUCGGUUCUGGUAGGACAAAAUGCAUGGCCAAUUUUGUUUCCCCCAUGUUGUUCAUCAGGUUCUACUGUUGGUGACAGGGUGACAUGUUGUGUGGACUAAAACAGCAUAAAACCGGGUGUAUCACAAAGCAUUAUCAAAUGAAUUAGCCAGCUACAGUAAUUUUGAGAAACAGUUUGGUAGACUUCUUAUUUUAUUUUGGUCAAAUUAGCCAGUUAUCUACCUUUUGAUAAGCUGGAAGCUUGCUAGCUAGUUAGCUCCCAUGCCAAUUCAAGUCUUUGUAAACUAAUAUCUAACUCGGAAAUAUGAAGUUAUUUCAGAAUCAAAGUUAACUGGCUAGCAGCGCAUCAUGCUUUGUGACAUUGUUAGCUAGCUAUCCCCAGUGAGAUCUUUUCACUUAUUGCAUCUGCAUGCUUGUUGAGUUCUCCCUGGUGUGUUCGUGACGUGAGCUGGCUGCUCGUUCUAAAUGGUAUAAUCUACUCUGUUCAAAACAGGGGCAGCAGUGGGCAUUCGGUUUUUGACAUGAAAAAGUGAAAUGAAUGGGUGUAUCUAUGCUGUUCAAAUGCACAGAUCGCUUUAUAUAUCUUCUCAAAGAAACUACCAGUAGUUCGAAAACUUGUCAUCAUAUUUCUUUCAUGCUGCUUUGUUGACAACUCCAACCACCUUGCGCCCCGAGUAUUCAGCCAAUCAGCGGCCGCCACUGGCUAGUUUUUAUUUCCUUUCAAUUCGUGUCCAAUUGAGCUAAACAACCAGGUGAGGGGAGUUUCUAACUAGUCAUUGACCUUAAUUGAUCAAUCAAGUACAAGGGAGUAGUGUGAACCCCGCAGACACCUGGCCCUCUGUGUAAUGAGUUUGACACCUUUAGCUUUAUGCCACGUUCAAGACAACUGGGAACCUGGAAAUCUCUGACAUCCGACUUUGUGUGGGUGUCUCAGGUGCUGCGUUGGUUCCAAAGGGGUGCUGUGUGUGUCAGAAGGCCCAGGGGACCAGGAGGCAGUGCUCCCAGUGUGACCGCCCAGCCUGCCCCUCCUGCACCCAGCAGUGCUCCAACUGCUCCAGCCUCUGUUGCUCUGUCUGCACCGUCAUG